AUGGCCCCGACCCAAGAUCCCGAAGCCUACGCCAGGACAUUGAAAACCCCGCCGCCUCCUGGGUCGGCCUACUCGCUCCCAAUUCCUGGCAGCGCCAAAGAAGACCGCAGUGCAGUCUACAGACACUGGCGCUUCGUCGAUAGCCCUCUGCUCCAGACUUAUAAUCCUGAAGCCCGUACGUCCCACGACUUCUUCGAGAUCUCUACAAAGAAGCGCCCCAACGCUAGAUGUUUGGGAACUAGGCACUGGGAUCCGGUGACGCAAACGUAUGGGAAAUACGAAUGGAUAACAUAUGCGGAGACGGCGUUGCGGAGAAAGAACUUCGGGGCUGGAAUUGUUGAGUUGCACAAGAAAAUUGGAGUCACAGAAGAGAAAUACGGUGUUGGGUUGUGGUGUCAAAACCGUGCGGAAUGGCAGAUUUCUGAUUUGGGAUGCAUGUCCCAAUCUUUAUUUACUGUUUCGAUCUACGAUACCCUAGGUCCCGAGACCACCGAGUACAUCAUUAACCAUGCCACUCUUAAGUGUGUCAUCACGAGUCUCCCGCAUAUCCCGACCCUCCUCAAGAUCGCCUCCAGAGUCCCAACAUUGAAGAUCAUUGUCUGCUUAGACCCUCUAGAUGCAGGGGAGCAACCAGGAAAUUCGAAAGCAGCUAUUUUGAAUGCUCUCGCAGCUGAUGCAGGCAUUCAAAUCCAUUAUAUCAAGGAUGUUGAGGCGCUGGGAGCUGCAUCCGGUUUGCCAAUGAAGCCGCCUCGACCUGACGACCUCAUUACAAUCAACUAUACCUCCGGAACGACUGGAAAUCCCAAAGGGGUUAUGCUGACCCACGCAAAUGCUGUUGGAGGAACUUCAACUGCUCGAGGCCAGACAGAUACACUGCCUGACGAUAUUCUGUGCUCUUACCUUCCUCUAGCCCACAUCUACCAGCGAGUUGCAGAACAUGGUGUUCUGGCCGCAGGUGGAGGCAUUGGGUAUUUCCACGGCGACAUUUUGGGCCUCGUCGACGACAUGAAGCUCCUCCGCCCUACUGGAUUCAACUCCGUACCCCGCCUGUACAACCGUUUUGGAUCCGCUAUCCGAACAGCCGCAAUUGACGCCCCAGGCUUGAAAGGGGCAAUGGGACGACAUGUCAUCAACGCCAAGCUUGCGUCCAUGAAGCUCCCCCACGGACAAGCAACGAACAAGCACUUCCUCUACGACCGCUUCUUCACGCCCAAGCUCCGCAGUGCUUUUGGCCUGCAACGAGCCCGCGGCAUGGUCAGCGGCAGCGCUCCUCUAGACCCAACGCUCCACCAGUUCCUCCGUGCUGCCUUCGGAAACGAUUUCGUCCAAGGCUACGGCCUAACUGAAUCCUACGCCGUCGGCCUCUGCCAAUACGAAGACGAUUUCUCCUCCGGAAACUGCGGCGCCGUUGGCGCAGGAGUGGAAAUUUGCCUCAAGUCCGUCCCGGACAUGGAGUACCUCGUGACCGACUCGCCCAACCCACGAGGCGAGCUCCUGCUGCGCGGAACUCCAAUCUUCAAAGGCUACUACAAGAACGAAGCCGAGACCGCGAAAGCCAUGACGGAAGAUGGGUGGUUUAGGACAGGCGAUAUCGCGGAAGUUGACUCGAUGGGUCGCUUCAAGAUCGUGGACCGCGUGAAGAACGUCCUCAAGCUGGCGCAGGGAGAAUACGUCUCCCCCGAGCGGAUCGAGAACGUGUAUAUGGCCAACACAAACAUCGUGGCGCAAGCGUACGUGCACGGCGACUCCACGCAAGCUUUCCUUGUGUCGAUCUUCGGCGUCGAUCCCGUAGCCUUUGCGCCCUUCGCCAGCGGCAUCUUGAAGAAGACCAUCCAGCCAGAGGAUCUAGAUGCCGUGAAGGCCGCAGCGAAGGAUAUUCGUGUGCGGAAGGCGCUGGUCCAGGAGCUCGAGAAGAUCGGGAAGAAGAAUAAGUUUAACAGCUGGGAGAGGGUCAAGAAUUGUCAUUUGGAGGUUGAUCCGUUCACGAUUGAGAAUGAGCUUUUGACUCCCACGCUUAAGCUCAAGCGCCCCCAAACAGCAAAGAAGUUCCGCGCCGAGCUGGAUCGGAUGUACGAGGAAUCACUCGCUGAAGAGACGCCGAAGGCGAAAUUGUAG